CCUGCGACGAGCGGAAAGGCCGGAAGUCGGCAAUGGCGGCCGGGAACAUCGCCUUGAAGGCGCACUUCUGCAGCUCGCCCACCUCCAUUUUGGUGCAGGCUGUGGGGAACGGCCGGCGGGGCAGUGACGUCACCGCGUCGCCCUGCGGCACAAUGGGGCCGACGUAAUGACAUCACGGGGCGGGGCGGACAGUCGCUUCCAAAAGGAUGCAGAUAGAUGAAGUGUUUGUCGACAUGAUCUCAGAAAAGGUGCAUCGUGUUCUACGAGUGAUAGAGAUCAACCAGACCCUGACAGACCUGCCUAUCUUUUGGAAUUGGCUCUAUGAGGUUAAACUUCCAAAAUUGACCCAAGAAGCCAUGUGUGCCCCCAAAUGCAGGGACUCCACGACCGUUAUAAACUGCACCACAUGUCUGGAGGUGGAGGUCAACUGCUGGAGCCUGAAGACCUGCUGGCCGAACAGGCUAGAUCUGAAUGAAUCCAUUUAUCUGAUUGUUGGCCUAUCAGCUGGCUCAAUUUUGAUUGGUUGCAUAACGCUCAUUUUCGAAUCAAGGAAGUUCCGAGCCGAGGCGAACCAACAGUUUGAAUAGAGGACAGAGUUUUACUCUUAGAGACUGCACACUUCAGAAUCAAGAGGCGAUCUGAACAUGAAACCUACAGACAGGUUCCGAUGUUGCAUCAUUGUAUAAAUCCAAAUUAACCUUUAUUAAAUCAAGUUGUGUACUCAGAAAAGUUAAGCCUGUUUGAAAGCGGAAUCAAUUCACAAUCGUAGAUGCUUGUAAUUUAUUCACAUUACUAUAAGGAACAUGUGUUCAAGAACUGCUGUUGCAUUCUGCUGAUAGUUACCAACUGUGACCCUAAAAGUCCACAAUAAAUGAAAUGAUACAA